AUAACCUACAGACGGCUACAAAAGAAGGGCGAGGAACAAAUUAGACAGAAAGUGAAAGUGUUUGUCAUUGUAUCCGGGAGUGUAUGAAAACAACCAAGCGAUAGUCAGAGAGUUAUGUUUGUACAUUUUCAUUCAGUAUGGCAGAAUAUCAGUAUGCUGUGAUUUUCAAGGCAAACGACCUCUCAGAUGGAGAAAUGAAAAAGAUUAGAAACUAUUUUAAGAUCAAGCGGCAGUCUGGCGGAGGAGACUGUGGGGAAGUGAAAAAGGUGGGAGACAACACCUAUAAGAUAAACUUCUUGGAAAAAGAAGCACAAGACAGAGUAUUAAGCAAAACCGAUCACAUAAUCAGUCUUCCUGGACGAGGAGAUGUACACAUCUUUAUAAAACACCAUGACAUUAAAGAAGAGAAACCGCUUCUGCCACAUUCCACAUCUGAAAAACAAGUCACUGGAGAUACACCUAUGCAGAAAGUUUUUAAACUGGACCCAUACUUACUAAACUUUCUGAAAGACAAUUCAAAAGCAAAGUCAGAUUUAAAUGAUCAGCUCUCCUCUUUGCUAAGCAGCUUUAAGUUAGACAUGGUUACUGAGACAGUAGUGGUAAUAAGGGAUGCAGUUCAAACAGGUCAAAGUGAUAUCCAGCAGAAGUGGGAAGAAAAGAUGGAUAUAGUGUUCUCAGACCUGCAGGAUCGCUAUAUAUUCCAUUUUGAGGUGGAUCCUAAGAGGCUAGAGAUUCUACAAAAACAAUCUUUCCAGUUCUCACAAAACCUUGGGAUUUAUGAAGAAAAACAUUUAGCAGUGAUAGUUGGAGAAAAAAAUGAAGUGCAGAAGCUUUUUAAUUAUUUAGAUGCUUUUCAUUUGCGACAGCAAGCCCAUAAAGAAUGUCCUGUGUCUGAGACACAUUAUGCACUUGUGAAGGAGCAGUUUGAGCAGAAGAUGAAGUCCGAUUAUCCAAAGAUCCGGAUUACACAAGAGCGACCUGACAAGCUUGUCCUAAACGGUCUUGAAGAACAAGUCCAUUCAGCAGAAAGAAAUCUUAAAGAUUUGCUGAAUCAGGUUCAAGAGAAAAGAAUCCCACUGCCUCAUCCCAUUAAAGCAUUUUUGUCAUCUAGUGGUGCUAUUCAGAUCUUUCAGACACGAUUUCAGGAGAAUCUCUGCAGUCCAGUUUUGAUUGAUGCCACAGGCUCUGGCUCGGAUUUGGUUCUGCUAAGUUUGUCCACAGGUGCACUUCAGGAAGCAACAACUGCAAUACGGAGAGAUCUGUGUAUGGAGACGGUGGUGCUUGAGAAAGCUGAAUCUGAGUCACCAGGAAUCGAUGCUUUGAAACAGGCUUUGAAUCCUGCAUUACAACAGGCUAAUCAUGGAACUUCUAAAGUGGAAAUUAGCUACGAGCCAGGACCAGUGUCUGACCCCACAAUGAGGGUGCAACUGGUGGGCUACGGCCCUGAAGUCAAUAAAUUAAAAAAUAUUAUACAGGUCCACAAGCAAAACUAUACAGAACACAGUGACACUGUGCCUCUAUGUUCAGCAGAACUAGUGGAUAAUUUAUCUGAACUUCUGUCACUACUAGGUGUGGAAGCAUCUGGUGUAAAACUAAUGGCUUCAUCCUCACCUUCCCCAUGUGUCCAUGUCUCAGGACCUCGGUGUAAAGUAAUUGAUAUGAAGAAGAAACUGCAGUCAUCAUUUAGCCAUCUUAUAUGGAAGGAAACUUCAGUAAAUGGUCCUGGAGUCCUGCAGUUCUUUCAAGAGGAAGGUUUAAACACACAGAGAUCAUUACAGAGUUCCUGUCAGGUUUUGAUUACCCUCAAAAAUAUUGACCAAACAAGUGCUGCAACAGCCAGAAGCACAGCAUUUAGCAGUCUCCCUACCAUACCUGCUUCUGUGUCACAUCCACAUUACUCUGUAGCCGUGGAAAUUGUAUUUGGAGGUCUUGAAGUUCAGCAGGCCAAUGUACUUGUUGCCCCCAUGUUGAGUACACACUUGACUUCAACUAAAGUUGGGAAAGCCUUUCUUAAAAAAGGAGGGCAACAAUUACAGAGAAAUUUUGAUUCUGCCAAAGGAAGAUGCAGAAUUACACCUGGAGAUGUGCUGGAGGUAGAUGGGACUCCACUAGGGUGCAAAAAGGUUUUCUUUAUUGAAUGCUUACCUUGGGCUGGAAAUGCACACAACAGUGAACAGGCAUUACGAUGUGGAAUUAAACAAGCUUUGGCACUUUGUGAACAGCAGGCAUGGAGCUCAGUUGCUUUUCCAGUAAUUGGACCUGGAGUGGCACUGGCUAUGCCUGUACAAUAUGCCUCUAAUAUUCUGGUUGGAGAGAUUGAGAAAUUUGGCCGGGCUGCAUCCACUAGUUCUCUCAGGACCAUACGAAUUGUAAUAAUGCCUAAUUACCCAGAUUCUGAAGAGAUAUACCAGGUAGUUAAUUUUGGGUUAACUGCAAUAAUGGUGGAUCACACAGGACAGGCUGCCUUACAGUCUCUAAGCUCCGAAAUUGAUGAAAUCACCAUCCCAUUAGCCAGAUGUCAGGUCCAUCUGAUAUUUGGAGACAUCAGCAAUGAGACUACUGAUGUCAUUGUAAACACCACAGACUUUACUGACUUACAGACAGAUGUGUGCAAUGACAUCCUGACUAUUGCUGGACCACAAGUCAGGGCUGCUAUAACAGGAGUGCAGGUAGAAAAAGGAAAAAUCUUUAUCACCCAGCCUGGAGAUUUCCCCUGCAAGGAGAUUAUGCAUGUGUGUGGAGCAAAGGAUACAGGCAUAAUUAAAACACUGGCCCGAGAUAUCCUGCUUAAAUGUGAACAAAGUGGCUACCAGUCAGUAGCCAUUCCUGCUAUUUGUGCUGGGAAAGGAGGGUUAGAUUCCCAUCUGGUUGCUCAGGCUAUUCUCCAGGGAGUGAAGGAUGCUACAGUACAAGCUAACCUCAACUAUGUUAAAAUAAUUCACAUUGUUCUGAAGAAAAUCCAUGUCUUUUUGGAGUUCAAAGCAAUGGCACAACAGAUUUUUGGAACAUUUACCCAGAAAACAGCUCCUUUGUCAUUAACACCUUUCAGAGCAGCUCCAUCAUCUUUGACCCUAGACCAUACCUCUCUUUUGCAGUCUCUUCAGGAUCAGAAUAUCAAAGCUGAAUUUCUUGUAGUUGGGAUAGCCAAUGAUAAUGUCUCAAGGGCAUGUCAAAAGCUUCAACAAGCAUAUCAAAGCCAAUGCUCUUCUCAAUAUGUUUCACAAGAUGAAAUUAAACAACUCACUUCAACUGAAAUUGAUGAUAUUCUCAAUAAUGUGAAUUCUCUGGGUAUUCAGGUAAGCCAGCGAGGACCUAAUGGUUUGGAAGUUAUUGGACUGACAAAAGGGGUAAAUAAAUUCAUGCAACUGAUACGAGGGAGGUAUGUGGUACCACAGGCCCUGGGCAAGUGGUAGCCUUGUGGUUAAGACGUUAGGCUACCAAUCAGAAGGUUGUGAGUUUGAUCCCAGGUCCACCAAGCUGUCACUUUUGGGCCCCUGAGCAAGGCCCUUAACACUCAAUUGCUCAGUUGCCUAAAAAAAAUUAGAUAAUGUAAGUUGAUCUGGAUAAGGGCUUCUGCCAAGUGCUGUAAAUGUAAAUGUAUGUAGUGGAUUUCAAUGAAACAGUACUGUACUGCUCCAGGAGAUCAACAAAAGUUAUGAUUUUGCUCAGCAUUAACAGAGCAAUGUAUGAGAUAAUAUAAACUUUUUGGGUGAAAUUUUCUUUAUUCUGCUGAAGACAAAAAAAAAUGUUUGUAUUUACCACAUAUACUGUAUGUAUAUUUCCUAUUUCUUUUAAUAUUACCUCUAAGAAACUGUGAAGAAGAAACUAGAACUAUAGUUCUAUAUACUCUACAAUGCGAUGAUAUAAUGCUUAAUUCUAUAAUGCUGCAGUACUUAACAACAAUGAUUCCCAUUAUUAGGGCAAAUGGUGUCUCUAAAUACCCAUACAGAAUUUGAUACAUUAUUUGAUAUACUAGAACUGCCCUCUAUUCUCAGUUCUGUAAUUCAAAGAUUUGCGUCAAGCUUGAUAUUGAGCAAUUUCUUUGGAAGCUUUACUUACAGUAGGUGUGAAACAAUAAAACAGGUUCAAACAA